AUGCCUCGCGAACGUAUUUCAUAUUCUCCUGCAAAAAAAAGGCGUAAGCUAACAAGUAUGGAUCACAACAAGCAGUCAGAAUUCUCGGCACGCUCCUACCAAACAGAAAUCAUGGAACAAGCGAAAUCAGAAAAUUUAAUUGUUUGUCUUCCUACUGGUAGUGGGAAAACAUACAUUGCUGUUAUGCUGAUAAAAGAAUUGUCACGUGAAAUUCGACGAAAUAUUAAAGACGGAGGAAAACGAACUAUUUUUCUUGUUAAAACUACUGAACUUGCUCGACAACAUCAUGAAACUUUAAAAACUUUAGAUUUAAAGAGUAACAUUUACUGUGGUCCAUCAAAAAUCAGAUUAAACGAUACCAACCGUUGGAAUAUCGAAUUCGAAACAUAUCAAAUAUUAAUCUUUACUGUACAAAUAUUUCUCGAUUUACUCGCGCAUAAUCGUUUUUCAUUAGAUAAAGUUAAUUUAUUGAUAAUCGAUGAAUGCCAUCAUGCAGUAGGUAAUGAUCCUUAUGCUCAACUAAUGAAACAACAUUAUGCUUCAUGUUCACAUCGUCUACGUCCACGUAUACUUGGUUUAACCGCAUCGAUAUGUGGACAAAAGAUUGAACCAAAACAAUUAGAAAAAGUUGCGAAAAGUCUUGAAACAAUCUAUGAUGCUCGUAUUGAGACUGGUUCAGAUCAAAUGGAAAUAAACAAUUAUAGUACAUUAGUUGAGGUUAAACACGAACGUUGCAAAACUUAUGAACAAACUAUUUCGAAGAAAGAACCUGGAAUUGGAGAUAUUUUUGAAGAAAUGAAAUUACUUUCUGAUGAACUUGGUGAAUAUUUGAAAACAAAUAAAUGCUCAGUUAUAUUCGAAAAUGAUGUCCCACAAAGAAAUGAUCCAGCGAACUUUAUUCAAUUACAAUGUCGAACUUUAGAUCAAUUGAAAUGUCAUCUAGAUAAUAUAAUUCAUCUUGGCUUUGAUCUUGGUCUAUAUGGAUUUUCUUUGGGAAUAAAAUCACUUCGAAAGUAUUUUCAAUCAAAAAAUACAUUCAUAAAAAGGACUGAUCAAAUUGCAAAAAAAUUAUACGAUAAAAUAAUACAAAAUCUUGAUUCGCUAAUUAAUAAUCAACUGCAAAAUUUACCCUCCGACCGUCAAAUUCUAUAUAGUGUUAAAGUCAUUAAGCUAAAAGAACUUAUAAGCCAGAACAAUCUUGAUCAAUGCAUUGUUUUUGUAGAACGAGUGCAUACAGCUGCAUUUUUAUGUCAAGUCUUAGAGAAGAUCUUUGAUAAUUCGAUUAAAAUUCAGUAUCUUGCUGGUUCCAAAGCUUCCCUUGAUGGAAUAAAUAGUCCAUCUAAACAUCAACGUCGAGUGGUGGAAGACUUUCAUCUUUCAAAAUUUCAUGUAUUAAUAUCUACAUCAAUUGUAGAAGAAGGCUUCGAUGUACCAGGAUGUAAUCUUGUUGUUCGUUUUAAUAAACCAAAUAAUUUUGCAUCCUACAUGCAAUCAAAAGGACGUGCUAGAGCACGUUCAAAAAAUCCAUUAUUCGUUCUUUUUCGAGAUGAAUCAACAGUUGAAGAGUAUUCAUUGAAUAGCGAAGAAUAUAGAAACUAUGAAUUUAUGGAAAAAAUGUUGAAAAAUAAUUUUAAAGCCAAUUUUGAUAGUGAGAACUCUUCUACUGACGAUAUUCAUUCAUUAAAAUCAUAUCGUACAGAAAAUGGAGUGAAAAUUUAUGGCACACGUGCAAUACGACUUAUUAAUCAAUAUUGUGCUGUUCUUGGUAACAGUGAAAUUUUAUCACCACGAUUUUGUUUCUAUCGUACUGAUAAUAAUAAAUUUAAAUGUAUUUUAACAAUGCCAGCCAAUUGUCCGAUACGAGAAGAUAUUAUUUGCGAAAAUAGUAAUAAAAAAAUAGCUAAACAAGAAUGUUGUUUGAAAAUGGUCGAAUUACUUCAUAACAAAGGUGAACUUGAUCAGAGUUGUUUACCGAUUCGGCCCGAGCAAUGUUUAAUAAUAGAUGAUGAAGACAUUGAAAAAUUACCGACAGAAACUAUUGACAAGCAGAGUUCUUAUCUCUUUCAUUCUGAUAGUAGCGAAUCUACUUGUUGGUAUUUGUAUCGAAUUAAUAUUUCAAAUAAUGAUGGGCUUGGCUUCAUUGUACCUAGUCAAUUAAUUUCGUUGCCAAGAUUUAAUUUGUACGGACAGAAUGGUGAAUUAACUGUUGAGGUUAUCCAUGUGAAAUCGACGGAUUUAAAGCAAUGUAAAACUCAACUGCAGGCUUUUUGUCAAUAUAUUUUUGAAGAAGUUUUCAAUGGUAUGAAUACCGGAUUAGAAUCAAUGCUUAAAUUCGAUAUUGAACACUCGACUUUUAAACUACUGCCAUGUCUUUUGACGAAAUCGGAUGAAAUUGAUUAUCAACGAAUGACGAUCAUUUGUAAUAGGAAAAACAAGUCGCUUCAAAGUGAAGCCGAACUUAGUGAUCAGGAACUUUAUUAUCUUUCUUAUUCUUCAUCGAAAGAGAUCUAUAUGAAUGUUGCGGAUAUUUCUCAAUUGAAACAAAUAACAGAUCGGUGGGAAUUUAAAAAACCACAAGAGAAUAUUGAAACCUAUGCUGAUUAUUUCGAACACAAAAUACCCAAUAUUCACAUUCAACGAAAUCGUCGAAUGGCUACUAUGAAAAUUUUUCAUAAGCCUAGGAUAAAUUACUUGAAAAAUGGUCUAUUGAGAAACGAAAAAUAUUCGAAUAAUUUGACGAUCCAAUCAUAUUAUUACCCCAUAGAAGUUCUUCGUUAUGCUGCACUCAAUCAAACAGAUUUACAAUUAAUUUUUAAAUUGCCAAGUAUUCUGGUUCGCAUUUCCCAAUUACAUUACAUUGAACAGCUGAGAAAAUUAUUAGCUGAUCAUAUUCAAUCCUAUUCGCUAUUCGAUGUUAACUAUAUGCCUAGUGUUACUUUUCAAGAUUGUCUUACUAAUAUAUUUUCAACAGUUCAAUCAACUGUAUUACCAUUGGCUUGUCUUAAUUAUAAUUUAUUAGGCAAUAAAUGCACACAUCAACCAUGCUCCGAUUUAAUUUUUCAGUCCAUUACUCGACGUUCCGCAAAUGAAAAUACUGAUAUGGAAAAUUUAGAAAUACUUGGCGACUGUUUCCUUAAACUGUCUAUGUCAAUGUCAUUGUAUCAUCAAUAUCCUUUUGAAAGUGCUGGUAAAUUGACAAGAAGAAAAGAUAAACAAGUUUCCAAUGAAAAUCUUUAUCGAUUGGCGAAAACGAAAGACCUAUUGAACUAUUUAUAUGUUGAUAAUUGGAUUUAUGAAGGUAAACAAGCUAAUUGGAUACCACCAGGUUAUAUUACCGAUGAAGAAGUAUCACAAAGAUAUACAACACAAACAGCGAAACGAAAAGCAUUUGCUGAUAUGAUUGAAGCUUUAAUGGGUGCCUUUUUAGUUUCAACAGAUUAUUUCACAACUAUGAAAUUUAUGAAAUGGCUAGGUCUCGAUGCAAUUCCAAUCGAUGAGCAAAACCGCAUCGCUCCACUACCAUCGAUUCUACUGGCUGGUUUAUCGGACACGAUGGAUGAUGUUAUUCCAAGAAUUGAAGAAUUUUUUAACGAUUUUGCAUUUGAUGAAAUUGAAAAAAAGAUAAAUUAUGUUUUUAAGAAUAAAGCUUAUCUUAUCGCAGCAUUUACUCAUCCAUCCUAUUGCAAUAAUCGAUUGACUCAAUGUUAUGAAAGAUUGGAAUAUUUAGGAGAUGCUGCAUUAGAUUUUUUGGUUAUACGAUGUCUGUUUGUCGAAUAUUAUAAAAAGGUUACGCCGAGUCGAGUAACAGAUAUUCGGCAAGACUUAUCAAAUAAUGGUCGUUUAGCAUAUUUGCUUGUUAGUCUUGAUUUUCAUAAAAAAAUCUUACAUGUAUCACCAGAUCUUAAUGAUCGAAUGGCAUUUUAUUGUGGCGAUAUGAUGCUGCUUUCAAACGAUCAAUCAAUAAAAGACAAGUCGAAUUCAAAUUCUUUAUACGAAAUUCAAAUACUUCCGGAUAUUGAUGCAUGGGCUGAUUCAACAGCACCAAAAGCGCUCGCGGAUGUCUUUGAAGCUUUAAUUGGAGCCAUAUUUCUUGAUUCUGGAUAUUCUCUAGAAACGGUUUGGACUAUUAUUGAACCGUUACUUCGACAAUAUAUAACUCGAUCUAUUGAACAUACGAACUUAAAUCCAGUGCGAUCAUUUCGUGAAGCUGGUGGGAAAAUCGUCGAUGAAUCUAAUGAUGAAAACGGGAAUUCUACUUGUACUAUUGAGUCAUCGAGUGGAAUUAGAUUUGAUGGUGUUGGAAAAAAUAGAAAACUUGCAAAAUACGAUGCAUGUCGAAAAGCACAUAACAAUGUCUAA